AUGAGGGGGAGGAGCGGGGAGGGGGAGGAGGUGAAGGAGGGGGAGGAUGAGGGGGAGGAGCAGGGAGGGGGAGGGGAGGAUGGCGUUGGAGGCGUGUCAGGCAGCGUUCGGGUGACGUCUGGUCAUCAGGGCUGCCGCCGGCUGCCAGACAUUAAUCUGCGGCAGAAACACCGCGGCUCAAACAACCAGUUCCAUUUGCAGAUGGUGACUGGGGUUCCUGAGCUGGGCCUGUUUGACCUGCUGUUCACCGUGUUGCGGCGGUCCGGAUGGCGUGAGGGAACCGCUGUGCUUUGUCGUGGCUGGGAGGAGGCGCGUGGCCUCUUGCAUCUCCUGGAUGAUCGGAGCGAGGCAUCAUGGGAAGGCGGAACCACUUGGCACCUGCGUGCCCUCCUUAACUUGACCCAGUCAGCGCACGAUGACACUCAGAUCCACGACUUUCUGGCCCGUCACUUUCAGUUGAACCAGCCACCACCAGCGUCCAUGUUGCUGUUUGGCGACGACCCCCAGUGUGCUGCCGCAGUUCUGCGCAGUGCGCUGGACCUCGGCCUAACGGUACCCAUGGUACACUGGAUUCUGGGUCAGCCCCUGAGCCCUGAUGCCCUCCAUGCUAUUGGCCUGCCACUUGGCCUUUUGGCCUAUGGCGAGGUGGAGCGGAAACCGCUGGACUUCUACAUCCAGGACGCAAUCCAGCUGGUGGCCCGUGCAAUUUCCACAGCAUCCACAGUAAGACCGGAACUGGCACUGAUCCAGAACAUGGUGAACUGCUUCGACAAGUCCAACAGACAUGAGGUGUCUUCAUCGGGACAGUACCUGUCCAGGUUCCUGUCCAACACAUCUUUCUCUGGCCUCACAGGACCAGUCCAAGUCCAGAACUUGUCCCAUGUCCUCACUUCCCAGCACUUUCACAUCUGGAGCUUACGCCGUGAUGCCCUGGGCCAACCCACCUGGGUGACUGUGGGCAGCUGGGAUGGUGGUGAGCUGCAGAUGGAGGACCAGGGGAUUUGGCAUGGAACCCGACCUCAUCACAGAACUGAGGAAAUGGGCAAAAGGGUCAGGGGUCGCUGGAGACCCGGGAUGCCUGUGGCAGGAAGCCGUGUUCAAGUGGUGACUCUGAUUGAACACCCCUUUGUGUUCACACGGAACACGGAUGAUGAUGGAAGCUGUCCAGCAGGCCAGUAUUGCCUAGAUGCUGGGACCAACAGUUCAGAAAGUCUGGAGCUCUACUUCCACAAGGUGGCUGGAGGGAACACCAGCCUCCUGCCUGCUGAGUACAGCAAGUGUUGCUAUGGUUACUGCAUUGACCUCCUGGAGAAGCUUGCUGAGGACAUGGGGUUUGAGUUUGACCUUUAUAUCGUGGGAGAUGGGAAAUAUGGAGCUUGGAAAGGCGGGCGUUGGACAGGACUUGUUGGUGAUCUCCUCCAUGGUCUGGCAGACAUGGCCGUCACCUCCUUCAGUAUAAACUCAGCACGGAGUCGUGUGAUUGACUUUACCUCACCCUUCUUCUCCACCAGUCUGGGAAUCCUGGUGCGCAGUAAAGACACAGCAGCCCCCAUCGGUGCCUUCAUGUGGCCGUUGCACUGGUCCAUGUGGGUUGGCAUCUUCCUGGCACUGCACAUUACCGCACUGUUCCUGACACUAUACGAAUGGAAGAGUCCGUUUGGCAUGACACCUCAUGGAAGGAACCGGAUCCGGGUGUUCUCGUACUCUUCAGCACUGAACCUGUGCUAUGCAAUCCUGUUUGGCAGGACCGUCUCAUCCAAGACACCAAAAUGCUGGACGGGCCGGUUUUUGAUGAAUCUGUGGGCGAUCUUCUGCCUGCUGGUCCUGUCCAGCUACACAGCCAACCUGGCUGCUGUCAUGGUUGGAGAAAAGACCUUUGAAGAGGUUUCAGGAAUACAUGACGCCAAGCUGCACCACCCAUCCCGGGGCUUUCGUUUUGGGACUGUGAGGGAGAGCAGUGCUGAGGACUACAUGAAGAAGAGCUUUCCAGAGAUGCACGAGUACAUGAGACGCUUCAACGAGCCGACCACGCCUGAGGGCGUCGCCACCCUCAAGACAGAUCCUCCUCAGCUGGACGCCUUCAUCAUGGAUAAAGCUCUCUUAGAGUAUGAAGUUUCCAUCGACGCAGACUGUAAGCUGGCAACCGUCGGGAAGCCAUUUGCCAUCGAAGAAUCCAGCUCACACCUUUGUAACGUGCUGGAUGUUUAUCUGGACCUGUAG